AUGACCCAAUUCGCUACGGAUGACAUUUCCUCUGACCUUCAGGUCUCUAAUUGCAUCCGAAAUAUUGACAAUUUCGAAACCCAUGAGGAACCAAAUCGCACCUGGGGAGUGGAGAUGACUGUGGGCAACUUCAGCGGGAUGAUUGGUCUGCUCCAGCGGGAACAAAUGGACUUCUGCACCGUUACUGGACCAACGGCGAACCGUCUGAAGGUCGUUGAGUAUCUCAAGUGCUAUCCUUCUGACCCGUUUACGGUCACCUCUCUCAAGCCCACGCUCCUGCCUAAAUAUCUCGCUCUUGUACGUCCUUUUGAAGGAGAGCUGUGGGUAGCGCUGCUGGUGUGCGUGGUGGCGUGGGGCGUGACCCUGUGGCUGCUGCAGAGGGCGUGGCAGUGGGUGGCUGGAGGGCGUCCGGUGGACUUCACCUCAUCCCUCCUGUAUGGCUUUGGUGCGCUCCUUCAAAACCUUCCUUCAGACCCCUCCGUCAGCGUCUUCGGCAGGAUGUUGGUGGGAUGGUGGCUUGUGUUCUGCUUGAUCAUCACUACAGGGUUUUCUUCGUCCUUGAUGGCGCACCUCACUGUGAAGGAAAGAUCGCGCCCACUUGAGACUUUAGAGGACCUGGUGAAUCAGCCUCACUGGAAGUGGGGAAUUGAUCCGUGGAUGCUAACAGAAGCAGCCGUUGAUUUCUUUAGCAAGCAUCCCAAUCCUGUAUUCAGACAUAUAUACAACAAAAUGGAAGUGAUGCAGGUGGACGACGCUCUGAGAAAAGUGCUGGCAGGAGGGUUCUCCUUCAUCAGCUACAAGAACUACGUUACCGUCAUCAUUGAGACUCGCUACUCGGACGUGAGAGGCAACACUCCCCUCUACAUCAGCAACAAGGCCUUUCCGAUCUUAGCUGCCUUUGGGUGGGGCAUUAGGCAAGCAUUCCUGGUUGUUAUUCUAAUUCUUAGUAAACACAGUUUCGGAAUGAAUUUCAAAUUAAAUUUUGGUAAAAAUUAA